AAGAAAAUAGCGAGAGAAACUAGUAGGGUUUUAGAUCUCUGAUCUGCAUUAAUGGUUUCCUCUUUACUCCGUCGGUUUCCAUGGAGACGGAACCUCGGAUCUUCAAAUUGGACCUCUCAGUUCACUCGGAUCCGUUUCAUUUCUGAUAAAGUUGAUGCCGCAUCUUCCAAUUGUCGUUCUCCGGGAGCGGCUGCAGCUAAUGAAUCGGGUGGUUUUGUGGCUGUUUCCGAUGAGUCAGUAUCGAUUUUGCCUUCAACAACUUCUUCUUCUCCGCCGCCGUGGCUUAUGCUGCCACCGACAUUCGGAGAAAAUCGAAAAAUUGUCUACAAUUUCUACAGCAUUUCAGAGGACAAAGUGGUGAAUCUGAAAAAUAGAGGCGGUGGAGAAGAAGAAGAAGAGAUAGAAUUGUUCGACAAACACGAAAUCGUCGGUUCUUCACACGGAUGGUUAGCUUUAUGCAAUCACAGAGAAGAGCAGCAAUUUCUCUACAAUCCCCUCUCAAACCGGCGCGUGGAGCUCCCCCCAAUCGACGCGUUACCCGUGCACGAAGACUACGAAGACUACUGUACGCCUCUGAACAAGCUCAUAAUAUCCUGUUCCCCUGAAGAACAAGAACACUGCGUCGCGAUGAUGAGUUACAGUAUGGACGAGAGGCUCGCCUUCUGUAGUUGCCCCUCACGCGCCGCCGCAGAGUGGACCCCAAUCGGCGAGUGGUCCCACGCGUUCGAGGACAAGACUCUCCCAAGGGCUUACCAGGACUUCGUCUACUCCGGCAAACACAAACUCUUCUUCUGCGUCACCGAAUUCGGGGAUUUCGAGGCCUGGGAUUUCAAAGACCCGAAUUCUCCGGAGAUGACUCCGAUGGAUUUGAAAUCGGACAAAGACAACUACCCUUACGGCUCAGCUUGCAAGAUGGAAGAGUACAUGCUUAAAAGGGAGAGCAAAUCCGUGAAGUAUUUGGUCGUUGCAGAGCAGACCGGCGAACUUUUUCUCGUCAGGCGGUUUAUCUUGAACCCGGAGUAUGAUUCCGGACCGGUCUCCGGUGAAAAAACUGCUCCGUACAUGACUGUUUCUUUUGAUGUUCACAAAAUUGAUUUACAAAAUGGAGAAUUGAUUUACAUGGAGAGUUCGUUGGAUGGGCUGGCGAUAUUCAUCGGAAUCAACCAUGGUUUCGCCAUCUCCGCCGCAGAGGAACUGAAACUGAGUCCGAAUUCUAUUUAUUUUACGGACUCGAAGGAAUAUUGCCCACGUUAUUGGGAUAAGGAUAGAGAAUACGGUGGGCAUGAUAAUGGAGUUUUUAAUUACAAAACAAGGACUUUCUCCUCUUGCUAUUUUCCGGCCGCCGCCACCAACUCUGAAACACAGAGCAUAAAGAGGAUUGUGCCACCGCCUAUAUGGUUCACUCCUUAACUACAAAAUGGUGCAGGACACGUGACUGAAGACAUUUUGAAGCAUAAUUUAUCGAUCCACAAGAAAAUGUGGCUUUACGGAAAAAGAUGCAAUGGGCUCGAUUCUGGUGAUGGAAGACGUGGUUUCGAUGAGGACUUGCAGUUGGCGAUUUUACACGAGUAGCUAACCAAAGUGAUGCUCAAGGGUAUGGAUUUUUAUAGCCCUUCACCAAGCCGGCCAUUCCUUGUGUAUUUAUUUGUUGUAGUCUUCCCAACUAGUAUGGCAGUUCAUCCUGCUACAUUUGUAGUUGGUAAUAAGGUUGUGUCGACCGCAACCCCAACCACGUAUUGUGACCAGAUCAGCUUAAAAACAAUCAUUAAUGUAUAAAAAGAAGAUUAUCACG